UCAACAAGGGAGUCCACUGCAUCCCAGGAAGAAGAAUGGAAAUCUCUAUACAUGCGCAAUUCGUCCGGCUGCUAUCUAUGGACCAGGGUCUCCAGUCAACAGUUUUGAAUUCCUUCGCCCACUACUCCAGAGCCUGGAGUAUGACCUGCCAAAGCGGUCAUUAGCUGUCUCUCAUGCUCUUGUUCUGGGAAGGAUAUUCCAGUUGGUCUACACUAUCUUAUAUCCAUGGUUGAACCGAUGGUGGCUUCCUCAACCAUUGAUGCUUCCUACUGAAGUGCACGAGGUUGGGGUUACUCAUUACUUCUCUUUCCUAAAAGCAAAGGAGGAGCUUGGCUAUGUCCCUAUGGUGAGUCCUCAGGAGGGCAUGGCCGCAACCAUAUCAUAUUUUCAAGAGAGGAAAAUGAGAAGUUUGGACGGGCCUACAAUAUAUACAUGGAUGUUUAGUGUAAUUGGAAUGACUUUGCUAUUUAUUGCUGCAUAUUGGCCAGCUUUCGGACCUGUGUCGCUUUUAAGAGAUUUCUGUCUCUUCUUCUUCCGGUCUAUGUGGGUAAUGAGAAUGGUGUUCAUUUUGGCUACAGCAGCUCAUAUUGGAGAGGCUAUGUAUGCGUGGCAUCUGGCAAAAAAAGUGGAUCCUUUGAAUGCAAGUGGCUGGUUUUGGCUUCUUUCAUUGCGUUUCCUGUUGAAGAGAGCCAGGAAGUAAGUUGGAGCAUCUAUUGUUGAUAUAAUCUUUUUAGCAGCUGUAUUUACUACUGUAUAAGGGCAGUUCCUUCAUAGGCAGUAAAAUAGGACACAGCUAGGGGUUUAGAUUUUUUUGGUAGUGUUGAAAAAUGUGAUCAGAGAUCCUCUUUUUAUUUCUAUGAACAACCACUGUGUCUCUAUCAAAGGAGAUUUGAUUUGAUUUGAUU